UCCGAUUAACAUCGCGCUUACUUUUAAGAACAUGUGCAGCCGGCACGCUCAUUUUAACGAAGUGCGCGUGUGAUUUUGGGGUGCACGCGCGCGCGCGUCCUCUCUUGCGAGCAGCAGCUCAGUGGAAGCUGCGCGGAUUGCGGGGCGAGGAGGAGUCUGGCGCCUGGCACGAGAGAGCCGCGCCGCACUGUCAGUUGAGCGGAAGCAGGGUCCCGGGUCGCAGCUUAGCCCGGACUUUCACAGAGGCUGUGCAUGCAUCAAGCCGGAGGCAAAACCCACCCUGGAGCGGGCAGACGGAACCGAUGCGAGCGCAGUAAAAAUUGCGUGCCAAUCUGCGAAGUACGGAGAAGUUCCCCUUUCACUGGAAGAUAGAUGUUCGGACCCGGACUGGCAUAUAACGCAAAAUUUGGCUAUUUAUUUGCUACAAUUAAUUAAAUCGUAUGGAGGGGAGAGACGAUUCGACAAUCGAACCACUAGAAAAAUAAAUUCCCUGAAAUCUGAAUCAUAUGUCAGCGGGGGACAGAGUGACAAGAUUUGCUGGAGUACAAACAAACUAUUUCCAAUCUGAGCAGAACACGGGACUGCUGCUGAUUAUAUCUGUUAACAGUAGCCGAUUUUUAAAAAAAAUUGCACCUCUUGGAGAUGGACAGUAAACAAGAGCAAUGACACGGGCUGGGGUGGUCAUUGCGCUGACUCGCUACAUCGCAUCUGCACCAGAACUACAGACGGAGCAGGCGGCCUAUUUGCACCAAGCUUCAACCGAUUCGCUCUAAUUAGACUCAACAGGACUCCUCACCUGGGAACCCCUGGCAAGGCAGUCCUGCGCCACUGAGGAGCGAGGCUGCAAUUUGACUCCCUCCCAGCUCCCCCAACCACAAGGGGGCCCUAGCUGUUGUCAUGGGCACAGUGCUGUCACUGUCCCCUGGGUCCCGGAAGCCCAGUUACUUUGGUGACAGGCCCGGCUCCCUAAGCCACUACCCCACCUUGAGCUGCCGGCCGCAGAGCGCCCAGAACGACCCGAGCAUAAAGAGGCAGCCCCUCCUGCUCCCCGCUCUCACCUGGAAGCGCCUCGUGGCCUCGACCCGAAAGAGGGGCUCGAAGAAGGGUGGCAACACGGGGCCCCCGCCCAGCAGUGGUCACAUCCACCAGCGGGACGUAUCGCACCUCAACCGGGAGAACGUCAGGAAGUCGGUGUCCUGUGCCAACCUGCCCAGUUAUGAGGGCCCGCCCCCCAGCCACGGGCGUCCGCAGUUAUCGUCGGCGAAGAAGGUGUCGCCCCGGCCCAGUUCGUCGCCCCGGCGUGUCGUCGUCCAGGCCUCCACCAGCGAGCUGCUGCGCUGCCUGGGCCGCUUCCUGUGCCGCCGCUGCUACCGGCUGAAGCAGCUGUCGCCGGCCGACCCAGUGCUGUGGCUGCGCAGUGUGGACCGGGCACUGCUGCUACAGGGCUGGCAGGACCAGGCCUUCGUCACGCCCGCCAACGUGGUCUUCGUCUACAUGCUGUGCCGCGACGUCAUCGACGGCGACCUGAUGGCCAGCGAGCACGAGCUGCAGGCCACGCUGCUCACCUGCCUCUAUCUGUCCUACUCCUACAUGGGCAACGAGAUCUCCUACCCGCUGAAGCCCUUCCUGGUGGAGGUGGGCAAAGAGGCCUUCUGGGGCCGCUGUCUGUGCAUCAUCGACGCCACCAGCGCCAAGAUGCUGCGCAUCAACGCCGACCCACACUUCUUCACCCAGGUGUUUGCCGAGCUCAAGAGCGAAGGCAGCUGCAUGCCACUGGACUACGGCCAAGUGCUGGAUCGACGUAAGGGUUCCUCGGUCUCAGUGCAGUCCAGCUCCCAUUUCGGAGUUCUCAGCCCGACGGCGAGAGACAGGCUUCCGAGUCACGGGGGUGUGUGCGUGCCGAAGCCCUGGAGCGCCCCCCCUGUCUCGGGACACGCACGCUGCCGGUCGCCCUCAGCACUCUUCUGAUGGCCCUGAUCCCCUGGGCCCCAAGGGCCCUACAGUGCCACCUAUAGGGCUUACGAUGGAACUGCUGACCCGGUCACUGGUGAUUUUGCGGCCAAGUCGUUUCUGGAUGAGGUAGCACUUCGCGUGGGAAUUUGGCCAGUCAGUGCUCUAACCAGCCCUGGGGGGCAGCCUGGCUCAGAAGCCGCCAUCGCUCUGUGAGCUGCGGGGACCCUGGAAAGCCAUCGUGAUUUGCUGCUAAGGACUCGCCUGUAGACCAGGGUCUUCCUGGAUGGGGAGGGGACAAAAGACGUCACACCAUAGAAACGUGCUGCCAGGUGACGAGUAACAAGUGGAUACGACUUGCUUAAGUGGCAUUGUGCAUGUUUGCUGAAAACAGCAGAUUUUCCUUUUAUUUACUUUAGCUGUUUUUUGAACGUCAUUGUAGUUUGAAUGACUAAAAUGUUUUGUUUUUUUUCAUCUGCUUGAUAAAAUCAAAUUAGUUUAUCCCAGUUAUGGGAGAUCUGAUGUCAACAGUGUUAAUUUGUUAACUGCUAUAAUUAUAGCUGUUAUAAUAAUUAAAAUUAUUAUAGGCGCGUUAAUGUUAUUGCUAUGGGGAUGAAGUAAUUCUAUUAUUAUUUAAUUUUGUUCUUCAAAGUCUUGAAAUCUCGAAGCAUGUGAAUUUCGACCAAUGGCACCACUACUGUAUAAAGUAAAUGCAUAUCUUUAUAAUGCAUCUCUUCGGAUUAAUAUAAAGCACAAAGACAGCCAGUGUGUAACAUUCCGAAAGCAUUGCUGGAGCAUUGUAGUAAUGUUACAAUAGCAUUCUGAGUUGUGUGGGGAAUGGGUGAAGAACGGGAGAAGAGGUGAUGUGAGUGAGAGAUACUUUUCAGGGUGAGUGGAUGUGGUUACUGCCAUAAUCCUCCCCUCCCGCCCCCCAGUAAAACCCUGCUCUGUGGGGGCACAGAGUGGCAUAAUCUUGAGGUUGCCUUCAGAAACCCCGACCCCCCCCCUCAGCUGUGUUCUCUGUGGUUCUCUGUCACCAGUUGGAGCAUCGCUUCUGUGUGGCUUUUGUAAAGUCACUUGCAUAAGCGUACACAGGUUCAUAUUAUUUACUUGUUUGGGAAAACUUGAAAACAAAAUGUCUAAAGCGUUUGUUUCUUAUUAAUGUUGCAAUGCACAUUUUACUUUUUUAUCAUUAUUUAAUAAAGUUCUGAAAGAGAACCUCA